UGUUUUUUACUGGAAAAGCUGCUGCUAUGUAUUUGGUGCCAGUCUUUAUUUGUCUCUUGUCGGGUGAAAAGCGCUUCUGAGUGAAUGUGUACUGUUGUAUGUAUUUUUAAAAGUGUUUAUGUGCUAAUAAAUUAAGUGUUAUCAUGCCUGUAAGGAAAUUCCUUCCAUUAAAGCAAAAACCUUAAAUUACUCAAAAACUCGAGAAAGGUGUUAGUGUUUCAUCCUUAGCAAAGAUUUAUGGUGUGGCCAAAUCAACAGUUUCGGGAAUAAAAAAAAAUGCUCGUAGUAUUAUAUCCCACCAGGCAGUCGGAGCAUCUAAGCGGAAGACUCUUAGAAAAGGCGAGUAUCCCCGCAUGGAGAAGAUGUUAUACAAGUGGUUUAUAGCUCAACGAAACAAAAAUUGUCCAGUUACUGGGGAAAUGCUUAAGAAAAAAGCAAUGAAGCUCCACGCUGACUUUAAGGAAAAAGAAGGUAGCUUUCAUGCCAGCCCCGGUUGGUUAUCUGGAUUUAAAACUCGCUUUGGAAUCCGACUUUUAAAAGUGUGUGGCGAGAAACUUUCAUCGGAUAUCCAGGCAACUGAUCCCUUUAAGCAUAAACUCAGAAACAUUAUUUACGAAUUGAAGCUUUGCGAGGACCAAGUAUAUAACGCAGACGAGACCGGCUUGUUUUGGAAAAUGCUUCCUGAUAGAACGUAUGUCAGUCAAACAGAAAAAACAGCUCCGGGAAGAAAAGCAGAAAAGGCCAGAAUUACUUUUCUUGCAUGUACAAAUGCAACUGGUCAGCAUAAAGUCAAACCGUUAAUAAUUGGGCAUGCCAAGAAGCCGCGCUCUUUUAAGGCUUAUGACAUCCCGGUAGACUAUCGGAACUCUAAGAAUGCAUGGAUGACUGCCAACAUUUUCAGAGAAUGGUUUCAUCAUUGCUUCGUCCCUCAGGUUCAUAAGUAUUUACUACAGAAAGGAUUACCAGGAAAAGCUAUCCUUUUGCUUGAUAACGCCCCUUGCCAUCCUCCAGAAGAUGAACUUAAAACUGCUGAUGGAUCCAUACUCGUGAUUUAUAUGCUUCCAAAUGUAACGCCUUUAAUUCAGCCUAUGGAUCAAAAUGUGAUUCGCUUAACUAAGCUGUAUUACAAAAAGCAUCUCCUGCUUUUAGCUGUAGGAAAGGAAAUGUUCUAAAACAUUUAACUUUAAAGGAUGCUGUAUCAUUUUUAAUGCUUGCUUGGAAUCAGCUGCAGGCAAAUGUAAUAGUAAAAUGUUGGAAGCCUUUAUUAGAAUGCUUAAAUACUACAGAAGCAAAUGAAAGCGAGGAUGAAUACGAUGAUAUUCCUUUGAGCUUACUUCGUCAAAAAAUAUUGCAGGAAAAAUGGAAAGAAGUUCAUGAUAUACAGGGUCUGCUGC